GGAAGACGAUUGAUCAUGAGAUAUUGCUUAAUUGUUUCACUCUCCUCAACAAUAGUCUGCUCCUCUGAUGCAGAUGUUGUUCAGGAGGAUAAUGUAAAAAUAGGUCAAGUCGGAGAAAAUGUGAACCUCACUUGCACCUUUUCAAAGCUUCUGCAAACGACAACAGCGUGGUUUAAACACACGGCUGAUAGAAAAAGCGUACAAAUUGUAUCUUUAUAUUUAAAUCAACAACCCAGUUGGAAUGAGGAUUUUGAUAAAACAAAUCGGUUUAAUGUUAUUAAAGGAGAUGAUCAUUUUAAUCUGACCAUUUUAAAGACAAAACCUUCAGACUCAGCAACAUAUUACUGUGUAGUCUCAUCAUAUUACACCGUUGGAAUGGGUGCAGGAACCAGAUUACUUGUCAAAGAUGCAGCUGUGGACAGACACAUAACUCUUCAGCAGUCUUCGAUAGACACGCUUCAUCCAGGGGAUUCUGUGAGUUUGCAGUGCAGCAUCUUCACUGAGAGCUGUGCAGGAGAACACAGUGUCUACUGGUUCAGGCAAAGCUUGGGAGAAUCUCAAGGAGUCCUUUACACCAAAGGAGAGAGAAAUGGUCAGUGUGAGAACAGCACUGAGUCUCAAACACAGAGCUGUGUCUACAAUCUCUUCAAGAGCAACAUCAGUCACUCUGAUGCUGGGAUUUACUACUGUGCUGUGGCCGCGUGUGGAGAGAUACUGUUUGGAAAAGGAACUGAACUAAAUUUUAGAGAGAGUGUUGAUGUGAAUCCAGCUCUUCUUGCUCUUGGAAUUUUAAACAUCAUAUUUUUGGCCCUUGUUGUUUUUCUGGGAAUAAAACUAUGCAGGGGUCAGAAUAAAGUGCCUACAUCUCAAGAGAGUCAAAAUGAAGACACCCUGAAUUAUGCAGCCAUUAGUUUUGGUCAGAAACCUCUGAACACUAGAAGAGCCAAAGCAAAGAUCAGUCAGGACCAGUCUCUGUACGCACAUGUCAGAUCACACCAGUGA